AGGGCCCUGGGCUUCUUGUCCCGCAGCCACCCCUCGGAAACAGCGGCGGGAGAGGACGACGUUCACCCGGGCUCAGCUAGACGUUCUGGAAGCGUUAUUUGCGAAGACCCGAUACCCAGAUAUCUUCAUGCGGGAGGAGGUGGCGCUGAAAAUCAACUUGCCGGAGUCCAGGGUGCAGGUGUGGUUUAAGAAUCGAAGAGCUAAGUGCCGCCAACAGCAGCAGCAACAGCAGAAUGGAGGUCAAAACAAAGUGAGACCUGCCAAAAAGAAGACGUCUCCUGCUCGGGAAGUGAGUUCAGAGAGUGGAACAAGUGGCCAAUUCACUCCCCCCUCUAGCACCUCAGUCCCAGCCAUUUCCAGCAGCAGUGCUCCUGUGUCUAUCUGGAGCCCAGCUUCCAUCUCCCCACUGUCAGAUCCCUUGUCCACCUCCUCUUCCUGCAUGCAGAGGUCCUAUCCCAUGACCUAUACUCAGGCUUCAGGUUAUAGUCAAGGAUAUGCUGGCUCAACUUCCUACUUUGGGGGCAUGGACUGUGGAUCUUAUUUGACCCCUAUGCAUCACCAGCUUCCUGGACCAGGGACCACACUCAGUCCCAUGGGUACCAAUGCAGUCACCAGCCAUCUCAAUCAGUCCCCAGCUUCUCUUUCCACCCAGGGAUAUGGAGCUUCAAGCUUGGGUUUUAACUCGACCACUGAUUGCUUGGAUUAUAAGGACCAAACUGCCUCUUGGAAGCUUAACUUCAAUGCUGACUGCUUGGAUUAUAAAGAUCAGACAUCUUCGUGGAAAUUCCAGGUUUUGUGAGGACCUGCAGAACCUCUUUUUGUGGGUGAUUUUUAAAUAUACUGAGCUGGACAUUCCAGUUUUAGCCAGGCAUUGGUUAAAAGAGUUAGAUGGUAUGAUGCUCAGACUCAUCUUCUGAUCAAUGUCCCGGGAGGCAUAGAAGGAAAAAUGAAAGGCCUUAGAGGGGCCUGCCAACCAGCUACCUGAAAUGGACAAACCAUUUGAUACUUAAGAUCCUAUAAUAGUUUUAGAUCAUUGGUUUUACUGAUUUGCAAAGUGAUCGAAAGCAUUCUAGCCACGUGCAACCAAAUACCACCAAAAAUAAACAGAACUAAAUUGUGAGGGAAAGGAGGGAAGGACAUAGCCUUCUUAAGCAGAGGUGUUCCAAUGUUGUAGCCAAUCCUUGGUUGAAUCUUAGGAAUGGACAGUGUCUCAAGCUCACUCACGUUUCAUGACCAACUGGUAGUUGGCACUGAAAAACUUUUCAGGGCUGUGUGAAUUGUGCGACUGAUUGUCCUAGAUGCACUACUUUAUUUAAAACAUAAUGUUCAUAAGGAGUCAAUAUGUAGUUUAAGAGACAAUCAGUGUGUGUCUUAUAUAAAUGGUACAUCUGUGGUUUUUAAUCUGUGCUAGACUUCAAAACUGUGAUCUCCUGUUAUUGUAUGCAAACUUGAACUCCACCUCUGCAGGGGUUCUUCUGUGAUUAAAUAGGUUAUAAUUAUAAGUAAAUUCAGAGCAACUGAGUACUUAUCUAAAAAGAUUACCUUUGGCUGGAGGUGAGCUGCACUGAAACUUUACAACAAAAUGUCUCUGGACAAGGAGAGUGAGAGAAGAGAAACAAAAGGACACUAACUCAUCUGUAAUUUGCUGUUGGUAAGCCUAGCAGUAAAGAGACAUUGGUCAAUUGCUCUGACCCUGAUGAAUUUAUAAACUGAGAUCAUCGUUGUUUAUGCUUGCAGAUGUUAACUGGAAAAGUUAUAUAUGCAUAAACCUUUCUUCCUGGAUUUGGCAGAUAUGUACAAUUAUAUUAAAAUGGUUCUAGCACAA